AUGGCUUCCUUGCUUUUUGCCAUCUUCUUCCGCGCUGCUAUAUGUGCUUCGGAACCCCAACCCCGCGAAGUCAUCUGGUCAAAGCGAUCGUACGGACCAGAUGGGCCAUGGCAGACCGUUCAAGUCGGCUUCGGAAGCCCUGGGCAAAACAUUGACGUUUACCCAGCUGGCUCUUGGGAAUCGUUGUUUUUCGCCCCCGAGAUAUGCAACGAACCAGAGUCUGGAUCAUUUUGCUUUGCUACAGAGGCGGGUAUCUAUGAUCUCCUCAGAUCAGAUACUUAUUACAAAGCGACACAAGCCGGCCCUGUCACCGAUAAAACCUUCUACGGCACCCAGACACUUCACGGCGAUGCACAAUUCACCUUUGACACCUUGACUCUUCCUGGGACGGAUAUCAUACAUGAUUAUCUGCUCCCUAGCCACUCAACCAUACUGGUGUCCAAAGGCUUCCGCAUUCUCCCAAAUGGCACAAGAUAUUCGGCGUCUGUAGGUAACCUGGCCCUUGGUGGCCCUCAAGCAAACAUGUCAUUCGGCCUCGACCCGAAUGGGGUUCUCGCAAACGGAACCCUUCUCACCAACUACAUGGCCAACACGAAUGUCAUUCCCUCGAGUUCCUACGGCCUGCAUAUCGGUUCGGCGAGCUUGAAGAUACCCGGUUCUCUCUAUCUUGGCGGUUAUGAUCAAUUGCGCGUCGUGGGACCCGUGUCUGGCCAAAGCUACGGGCAGCAUAACCUACCAAUAGAUCUUCUCGACAUUAGUAUUGGUGUCGCAGUUGGUCGGUCGCCUUUCAACUUUACUGUACUGUGUGGGCUGCUUGCCAAAGGCAAUUCCUCGAUUGAGCGCGGCCUGAUGGUUGAGGUUGAUGCCAAAGAGCCAUAUCUUUACCUGCCCAAGAGCACCUGCGCAGCGAUCGCUCAGAAUCUGCCUGUCACCUACUCACCAGACUUUGGACUGUAUAUUUGGAACACCAAUGAUCCGCAAUACGAACGCAUCGUCCGGUCUCCGGCCUAUCUAGGAUUCACCUUUCGCGCAAACAAUUCUGUGACGCGCAACUUCACCAUUAAUGUCCCCUUUCACUUGCUGAACCUUAAUCUCAGCAAACCGCUCAGCGACCGGCCGACCCCAUACUUUCCUUGCAGUCUGCCAAACCUAGACACGUUUCGACUGGGCAGGGCAUUCAUGCAAGCGGCCUUUGUUUCAGUGAACUGGAUGGACAAUUUUCAGGGGCUGUGGUUUCUGGCCCAGGCUCCAGGUCCCAACCUAGCGCCAGCUCCUAGGGUUGUCACGAUUGGCGCUGCGGCAGAAAUAUUGACACCGUCUGAAAAUGAAUGGGCACAAAGUUGGGAGGGCACCUGGAGUCCCAUUGAGGAAGACGGACAGCGUCUCCAAACAUCUACUCCCGUGCCGACCGCGACUUCGACCCCAGGCGUAACGAAAUCGCAGAGUACUUCAUCAGGCUUGAUAGCAGGGGUAACUGUUGGGGUCGUGGUCUUCCUGGCAGGGCUAGGAGCCGGUUUACUUUUGUGGUGUAGGAAGAAAGAGACUCAUGUCGAUGUCAGACGUGAUGACAUCACCGGGGGUAAUGACCUCCCGGAAGUUGAUGAAAGGCAUCAUGUAAACCCCCAGAGGAUGGGUCUGCUUGAGUAUAUGCACAAAAACCAGAUGCAACUGCCUAGCGAUUGCACUCCGGAACAAGCAGGUUCUGAGCUCCAGGGCUCGAAUGUGAUACAGCAAUGUAGCUACCAGCCGGGAGAUGGGAUUGGAAGGCAGCCUAUACGUUCCUUUGUCGAGUUGGAUGGAGGAGGUGUUCAGCCUCGACCUUGA